AUGGACAGCCAAACAAAGGCCGACUUGAUAUUAACUGAGAUUCUGAAGAUUCGACAGUUCCAGAAGGCGUGGAUCGAAGAGACUGUAGAUACUCUGCGCAAUAUCAAGUUCCUGAAGACCCAUCAAGAGUGUGUUUCACCUUCUAAAAGUGGAGAAUUGGCCAAGAAUGAAAUUAAGGCAAUGUUGAGGGAGUUAAAGUCUAAUUGUGACAUGGCAGUCAAGUGUUUUGUCAAUAACAGUGGGUUUUGAUGGUUAUCAGUUUAUCACUCUAUUCAAUUUAUUUAUUUUUUUUCUUUUAAUGCCUAAUAUGCUUCAGCUCAUCUUGGCCAUAAUGAAAAGGAAAACCAGGUAUUUGACUCAAAAGUGUCUUCGGCCUUCGAGCUUUCUCUUAACAUAUCACAGUUAUCACAAAGUAAAUCGUUCAAAUUGGAACGGUGGCUAUUCCUGGGAAAACGACUAGGACGGCUUCUUAACAGUUUCAGUAUCAUCGUGUCAAAGUAGGUUGAUUUCAAAAAUUACAAUUAUGUGACAAUUAAUUAAAGUACGUUGUCAUUCUGACCAUAUUAGUCACAAAUUGGGUCAAACAUUUUGCUGGCCUUCAUCAUCAUCAUCAUUGAUAUUUGUAACUUUAAAAUUCUUCUACAGGGCAUAUAACAAUGGAAAAGCGUUAUCACUAGCUAAAACGUUGUGUGAGUUGAUGUACAAAUACGAAGAACACCUCGACCAGUACUAUCCUGACCAAGUAAAGAAGUACAAUAUCGCACCCACAAUCGACCACUUUUACAAAUAUGUCAUCAAGGCGUUAGUGGUAAGUCACUUUAUCUUUAGCAAAACAAAAUAAACCAUUUUUAGAAAAUGUGUAAAUUUGAAAAGUGCCAAAAUGUACAAAACAAGUCGCCUCAGUUAAAGAUUAGUAACCAGAGGCCCCAAUCCAGUCCAAAGAGUUUCCUGCUGGCGCCGGAGUUGGAGCUGGCCAGGGAAAGAAUAAGAGCCAUAAAAGAUGAGAAACAACAUACAAAACAACAGACUCUUGACAAGAGCAUACGUUGCGUGAGUAAGGACAACCUCCUCAACAAGAGCAAUAACAACAUCUGGAAUAAAAGCAAGAACACAAAAAGAAGAGAAUACCCGGAGUUCCAGUUGGAUAGGGCCAUGUUCGAGGCGUACAGUCAACAUGCGUUGAGCAUGGCAGCUCGAGUAACGAGCGAAGUGGUCGGAGAACUGAACAAAAAAGUUUAA